ACUAAUGCAAAAUCAAGCGCAAAAAUAAAGAUAAGAUACAUCUUCAAAGUAUAAAAGGGGUCAACCCACUUUGCUACAAAUCGCACGAUGAAGUUCACCAUCUCGUGCAUUUUUCUGUGUGUUUGCGCCCAAACUCUUGCAUUUGAAGCCCCAAUCCACCCUUUGUACACCGUCGAUGCGACCAAAACCUUCGGUGACUCAAGCGAAUACGACACUUGCGAUUUAACCCCUCCGGAGUGUGACCCCCAGUAUAAAUACCGCUCUUUCGACGGCUCAUGCAAUAAUCUGAAACACCCGGUAUGGGGAAUGGUGAAAUCAGCUUUUGCCCGUGUUUUUCCCCCGCGAUAUAGUGACGGGAAGGAGUUACCUCCUGUUGCAAGUGACGGAGGAGAGUUGCCUAACGCUAGACAUAUCGUCACUUCUGUUUUUGACGACAAGGACGUGCCGGACACAGUGUCGCUAAUUGUAGCCCAAUGGGCACAAUUCAUUGCCCAUGACUUUGCCGUCGGAGUCCCCAAAACCGGAGUUGAUGAUUGUUGCGCGUCGGAUGAUCCUCUCGUUUGCUUAUCUAUUCCGAUACCUGAAGACGACGCUUUCUACUCGCAAUAUAACAAAACUUGUUUAAGUAUGACACGGACUCAGACGACUUUGACGGGGGAUUGCGACCCCCAAGGGCCGAAACAACAAAUUAAUGGAGUUAGUCAUGGGCUUGAUGGUUCCCAAAUUUAUGGUUCCGACCCCGAAACUGCCUCCUCUUUGCGGGAACAUAAAGGUGGUCGGAUGUUGGUACGACAAAAAGCCGAUGGUCGCUGUUUUUUACCAUCCAAAGGGUCGUGCUAUAAUUCGGAUGUUUGCUAUGUUGCAGGAGAGUCUCGUGUCAAUCAAAACACUCAAUUGACAAUCAUGCAUACUAUGCUGGUGAGGGAACAUAACAGAAUUGCUGAUAUUUUGGCCAGUCUUCACCCGGAAUGGGAUGAUGAAACUGUCUAUCAGGAAACUCGAAGCAUUGUCGUAGCUGAAUACCUCCACAUCACCUAUAACCACUUCCUGCCGAAUAUAUUAAAUGAGAAUUUCAUGAUUAGAAACGAACUCAGGUCGAGAAAUCAAGGAUAUCACAAAUAUGACGAAGAAAUUCCCAAUAUUGUUCUCAUAAGUUUCAGUAAUCCCGCCUUUAGGAUUUUCCAUUCCGGUCUACAGGGAGUUAUAGGUCUGUACAACUACCAUUUGGACCCAACCUCGCACAUUAAUCUAACGGAUUACAUGAACUCGCCCGGAAUUUUGGAAGAAGAGAACCACUUCGACGAAUUAAUCUUGGGCGUAAUCACCCAACCCAUGCAAACGAUUGACACCUUCUACACGUCCCAAAUCGACGGCAAGUUGUUCCAUUUCGGCAAACCGUACGGUGCUGACUUGAACGCUCUGGACAUCCAGAGAGCAAGAGACCAUGCAGUCCCCGGUUACCCUACCGUUCUGUACGGCUGUAGGGGAAUCGAAGUGAGGGAUUUUGACGACUUGGCCGCAAUUUGGCCCGAGAAGCACAUCAAAACCGUGCGAAAUAUCUACAAGUCGGUCGACGACAUCGAUCUGUUCGUUGGCGUUAACUUUGAGAAUAAGCCAGAAGGGCACAGAAUGAGCCCGGUCUUGGAGUGUCUGAUCGGGGAACAGUUCUACAGGUGGAAGAACGGUGACAGGUUUUGGUACGAGGUUGAAAACCAACCCCAUUCCUUCACUCCAGCACAACUUGAUGAAAUAAGACAGGCGACGCUGUCGCGCCUCGUUUGCGACACCAGUGACUAUAUCGUGAACAUAACAGUAAAUGCGUGGAAGCCACCGGGGGACAAUAACCCGAUUGUUCCAUGCGAAAACGUCCCGUCGAUUGAUCUCUCAAAAUGGCUUUAAUGUAUUACACAAUUCCAAAAAUAAACAAUACUAAGGAAAA